AGACAUUUCCCUUUAGGAGUCCAUCCUUACUCUACGUAGACAAAUUGUGCGUCUUCUAUGUCACCUCACAGAGGAGCACUAAUGAAGUUAUGUGGACAGAAAUGAUGAAUGGUCUUUGAUUUAGCAAUAUGACUGCAUGCUCGCUCCCUCCUCCCCCAGUCUUCCUCUUCAGUCCCUGCCCUGUGGUUUUUCUUGCAACAUCCAUUCUCAAAAUGUGUGUUGGAUCCUUUCUGCUCUGCGCUUUCUGUGGGCGGAGAUUGGUUCAAAAAGCAAGUGGGGAAGAUACUUUGACAGAAGGCAGGGAACUGCAGCUGUUCUAGUCUCACAGGACAAAAAAAGAGGCACAAGAUUUUACUUUGUCUCAUUGUUAGCUUGAAUCGCAGGCUCGGAUUAUAAUCUAUAUGUUCUAUAUUAUAUCGACUGAUAAUCCAUUGAUUAUUGAAAACCCUGGCCAAGUAAGUACUCAGCACCUUUGUCUGAUUUUAACCCAUUGGAUGCAUCUUUGGUAGGGUUUAUAUAAAGUAAAAAUAGAGCUAUGUUAUUUAGGCGUUUUUCUUUAUUUAAACUUGUCUUUUAUAGCGAGAUUGAGAAGGAACUAUUAGUAAAAUCAAAAUAAUAUUGUGUGUUUAGCUUGGGUGUAGGGGGGAGCGCUAUAUAAAUAUGGAAUUUGCUGGCGCUUUAUGAAUAAUAAAAAAACAAUGAAGGAAGAAAUAUUUAGAGUGGUUUGGUUUGUCAACAUUAUGUUUGGUAUCAGACUGUAAGCUCGUCUAAGCAGGGUCCUCAACUACCUAUUAUUCCUCUAUCAUUUUUGUAAAUGUCUCAUUUAUUGUUAAAUUUCCCCCUUUCAUAAAAUUGUUAAGCGCUGCGGAAUAACUAGUCGCUAUAUAAAUAAUACUACUACUAAUAAUAAUGUGUUUGAUAUUAUUGUACACAUACUCAUCUAUUUAAUUAUUAAAGGACGCUCUCAUUCCCGUAUCCUGGGUGACACUUUGUUAAGGAAAAAUCUUGAUACUAUUGCCAUCAAGAUAAAGAGGGAGGAAUUAUUAAUUUAAACAUGUGUAUGAUAUUUUAGUCCAGUACAUUAUGUGCAUUUUGGGGGUGUUUAUAGCUUGAAUCUGAACCUGGUAAAUUAUUUCUAACUAGUGAUGGAAAGAAAUGUGUGUUGAUUACAAAUUAAUCUUUAAAGAUCCUAUAGCAAAUUGCAAAGUCCCAGUCAUUUAUCAGCAGCAGCAUAGCCGCAUAGAGCGGUUGAUGCAAAAUAAGCAGGGCAUUUAGUGCUGACUCAGCAUGCUUCUUGAUGACAGCAUGGCACUUUAUUGGUCCUUAUGGGGUUUAAGCAACAGUAAUAAUAAUGUACACAGGAAAAAAAUCCGUAACAUGGCAAGCACACACAGAGGAGCUACAUAUGGUCAUAAAAUUAGUUACAGGUACAGCAUGGAGACAGAUUUUUAAAGGAAUAUAGAAACUUGGCACAGACCCUGUACAGUGUGGUUUUAAUUAAGUCCCUGAUAUUCCUUUACUGUUCGGUUGCAAUGUUGACGGACAAAAUGGUGCUUUUAAAAUGCUGAUUUUAAAAUGGUUCCAGGUUACUUUUACGAAAUGUCAUUAAGACAUAAAUAUUUUGCCGCUGUAAGCCUAUGCUCAUAGUUAGUGCGCUAACCUGAUGCACUCUAUCAAAAGGUGCUUGUUAUUAUUUCUAAAGCGCCGCCAUGUUCUGCAGCGCUGUACAAUAGGUGGACUGAAAAACAAGUAAUUGCAACAAGACAAGUCGGACAUACAGGAAGAGAUGGGGCUGACAGACCUCUUCAAACAACUGUAAACUCGCGGUUGCAAUAAAAUCGCCAAUCACUUAAUAGUUUAUCACUUUCUUUAACAUAGUAAGUCCCAAUGGUUGAAGUAAUAUACAGAAGCGCUUUAUGUUCCUUAAAAAAAAAAAAAACCUGCAAACUUUAAAUAUGCAAUAAAUCCAUUUCUGUUCAUGCAUAACUGUACAUUUUUUACACUGAAAUGUUUACAGUUUGCAUUUCCUCCUUGACUGCAGAAAAUGACUUUUGGCCCAGCUUAAUCAGCAAUGAAGAAAAAUUUUCUUUUUGUCUUUGCGGAUAUUAACUCCUACUGGAAAAUCAAUUCACUCAAGGCUAUAAAUUAGACCAAUAACACCGAGGUAGUGUCAAAACGUAUCUAGUACAACAUAUGUUAUGUGUGUAGAUAACAGAAAAAGUCACAGGUUGGAAACAAUAGUCUAUCAGACAGUUAAAAUACAAGCAUGAAAUUAACUGGCAGAAGGCUCUGGCUUGGAUUAAUUAGCCAUACACGGUUUUGUUUCUUACAGUAGAACGUUGUGCAACAAUAACUGGAAUCAUCUUUUGGUAAAUACUUUCAGCUGAAUACAGUAAGGGCUGGAUGGUGGGUAGAAGGUUUGAUAAAUGUAAUCUUAUGAAUUGAGUUCCUACUGUUAAAGUACAGCGAUACAGUAUAUUGUAUUAAAUGUUAAAAAAGCCAAAUACAAAGAAUUACACUUCUACACUAUUUGUGAGGGGAGAGGUGGGAUGUACUAAAUGGAGUGUAGUUAGGAGAAAUUGAAGUCCCUGUCUAUGAAAUUCUGCAGUCUUAUACGGGUACCAUUUCCACUACAAUGUUUCCAUGGCAUUAAAGUAUAGAUAGAAUAGUGAGGUUAUUCAAUAAAAUGGGAUAACAAAGUAGAAUUAUUGAGGGGAAUGCAAAUAUUAGUUGAAAAUAAAGGAAUCUGAGAAUUCUCCAAUAGCUGAUCUUCCCUCCCUAACCCCCCCAACCAAACACACUCAGCUAUUUUGGGAUACUGUUUUUUUUUUUUUCAUUGACAACUUUCCAAAAUUCCCAGUUUAGUGAAUAAAUUGCAGUACUUUCUUGCAACCAUAGACAGGCAAGGUGGUAUAUACCAAUUUAAACCAAAUUAAAAUGACACAACAACCAGCAUGUACCUAGAUACGGCAAUGUGAGCUAUACACCUGUACAGUGGUUGCAGAGAGACAGAUAUUGCUCACGUGGAAACCUAGAAUACAUUAAAAAAAAUCUGUGUAGGAUUUCUUGAAAAUCAAAUGUUGAGCUUACUUUAUGUUAUGGCAAUCAUUGGUUGGUGUUUUGAGAGAGUGUCUACAGUAACUGGUCAAACAUCAGGGUCACAGGAUCUUGUCAGGGCAGGGUCAGCUCAGCCCAUGGGAUACAAAUAUUUACUGUUGGCUAAUAACCCCAGUAUUCUGUAUUAGUGAAUUUAGUUAGAAACUCAAACUAACAAUAUCUGUAUGGUAAAGGUGCCAUUAACACAUUCGGGCAGCAGGUGGCGCUCUCACACACAGUCUGCUAAACGCCAUCUUCCUGGGAAAGCACCAGGCAGGGUAAGCUUUGAGUCACAGCAGACUGCAGCUGCUGAUUGCUGCUGUCACACUCAGCCCACUGAAGCUGAGCUCUGAUUGCUGCCUGCCAGGCACUCUGCAUUGUUACUGUCUCACUGUUAAUGAUUCCCUUUCAGAUCCUGCCCUCCCAUUGGAUAGCACUCCUCAAGUCAUCCUGCACAUUCUUGGGGAAGGCAAGGUUCCAUCGCUGGCAACUGUAUCCAUCCAGGAACAUGCUGGAGAGCAGCUGCAAGGUGGUGAAGGAAGGGCUCCUGGAGAAGAGGAGCGAUGGCUUGCUGCAGCUCUGGAAGAAGAAGCGGUGUCUCCUCACCGAGGAAGGUCUUCUCCUCAUCCCUCCCAAACAGCUGGAGCAACCACAGCAGCAGCAGAGCUCCCCUCCGGAGCCUGCCAGGAUUAAAGAGCUCCACUUCUCCAACAUGAAGACGGUGGAUUGCGUGGAGAGGAAAGGGAAAUAUGUGUAUUUCACGGUGGUGAUGGCUGAGGGGAGGGAGAUAGAUUUUCGGUGCCCGCAGGAUGAAGGCUGGAACGCUGAGAUCACGCUGCAGAUGGUGCAGUAUAAGAACAGACAGGCUAUUCUGGCUGUGAGGUCCACAAGGCAGAAACAGCAGCACCUGGUCCAGCAACACGGACAGCGGCUCAGGAGCACGUCCAACUCUGCAUAGCCACAGUCUGUACAGGAUUCCAGGUAAGGAUGGGAGCUCUGAUACUUUCUGCUACUUACUGAUAUUAUUUGCCAUCAAAAUCAAUGGGGGCACUCCAUGGUUACAUUGUAUCUAGUGCUUAAUAUACAGGAUUCCUGGUAAGGAUGGGAGCUCUGCUACUUACUGCUAUUAUUUUCCAUCAAAAUCAAUGGGGGCACUCCAUGGUUACAUUGUAUCUAGUGCUUAAUAUACAGGAUUCCUGGUAAGGAUGGGAGCUCUGAUACUUACUGCUACUUACUGCUAUUAUUUUCCAUCAAAAUCAAUGGGGGCACUCCAUAGUUACAUUGUAUCUAUUGUUUAAUAUACAGGAUUCCUGGUAAGGAUGGGAGCUCUGAUACUUACUGCUACUUACUGCUAUUAUUUUCCAUCAAAAUCAAUGGGGGCACUCCAUGGUUACAUUGUAUCUAGUGCUUAAUAUACAGGAUUCCUGGUAAGGAUGGGAGCUCUGAUACUUACUGCUACUUACUGCUAUUAUUUUCCAUCAAAAUCAAUGGGGGCACUCCAUGGUUACAUUGUAUCUAGUGCUUAAUAUACAGGAUUCCUGGUAAGGAUGGGAGCUCUGAUACUUACUGCUACUUACUGCUAUUAACUGCCAUCAAAAUCAAUGGGGGCACUCCAUAGUUACAUUGUAUCUAUUGUUUAAUAUACAGGAUUCCUGGUAAGGAUGGGAGCUCUGAUACUUACUGCUACUUACUGCUAUUAUUUUCCAUCAAAAUCAAUGGGGGCACUCCAUGGUUACAUUGUAUCUACUGCUUAAUAUACAGGAUUCCUGGUAAGGAUGGGAGCUCUGAUACUUACUGCUACUUACUGCUAUUAUCUGCCAUCAAAAUCAAUGGGGGCACUCCAUAGUUACAUUGUAUCUAGUGCUUAAUAUACAGGAUUCCUGGUAAGGAUGGGAACUCUGAUACUUUCUGCUACUUACUGCUAUUAACUGCCCUAAAAAUCAAUGGGGGCAAUCCAUUGUCACAUUGUAUCUAUUGUUUAAUAUCCAUAGGACUCCAGGUAAGGAUGGGAGCUCUGAUACUUACUGCUACUUACCGCUAUUAACUACCUUGGAAAUCAACAGGGGCACUCCAUAGUCACAUUGUAUCUAUUGCUUAAUAUUCAGGAUUCCAGGUACGGAUGGGAGCUCUGAUACUGCUAUUAACUGCCCUCAAAAUCAAUGGGGGCAAUCCAUAGUCACAUUGUAUCUAUUGCUUAAUAUUCAGGAUUCCAGGUACGGAUGGGAGCUCUGCUACUUACUGCUAUUAACUGCCCUCAACAUCAAUGGGGGCUCUCCAUAGUUACAUUGUAUCUAUUGCUUAAUAUUCAGGAUUCCAGGUACGGAUGGGAGCUCUGAUACUUACUGCUAUUAACUGCCCUGAACAUCAACAGGGGCACUCCAUAGUCACAUUGUAUCUAUUGCUUAAUAUUCAGGAUUCCAGGUACGGAUGGGAGCUCUGAUACUUACUGCUAUUAACUGCCCUCAAAAUCAGUGGGGGCAAUCCAUAGUCACAUUGUAUCUAUUGCUUAAUAUUCAGGAUUCCAGGUACGGAUGAGAGCUCUGAUACUUACUGCUAUUAACUGCCCUCAGCAUCAAUGGGGGCAAUCCAUAGUCACAUUGUAUCUAUUGCUUAAUAUUCAGGAUUCCAGGUAAGGAUGGGAGCUCUGCUACUUACUGCUAUUAACUGCCCUCAACAUCAAUGGUGGCACUCCAUAGUUACAUUGUAUCUAUUGCUUAAUAUACAAGAUUCCAGGUAAGGAUGGGAGCUCUGCUACUUACUGCUAUUAACUGCCCUGAACAUCAAUGGGUGCACUCCAUAGUCACAUUGAAUCUAUUGCUUAAUAUCCAAAGGAUUCCUGGUAAGGGUGGGAGCUCUGAUACUUACUGCUACUUACUGCCUUUCAAAUGAAUGAAUACACUCCAUACCCCCAUUGUAUUCAUUGUUUAAUAUAUAUAGGAUUCCAGGUAAAGAUGUGAGCUCUGAUACUUACUGCCCUUCAAAUCAAUAGAACUCCAUAGCAACAGUAAAUGGGGACCAUACUGGCAUUGACAACCACUGUAUCACUGCUCACUAUCCCAUAGAAGAACUAUCUGACUAACUGCUGGGUUCAUUUAAACUGUAAUAAUUUAUAAAAUAAUGUACUUACUAUUGAAGACUGGAAUGUUUUGUGUGUGUUAAACUUAGGGGUGGAAGGCAAGAAACCCUGGAUUAAUACAGAAUGCAGGAUUAUGUGGACUGUCUAAUAAUUCAGUUUAGUCAGAAAAGACUUUCAGAAAUGCAGAGCGUGGAGAGACUGAAUGGCAGUGGCCAUCCGAGUAGUGGCCAGUGGGGGUAUCACUAAGCUGUAAUGUAAACACUGCAUUUUCUAUGAAAAGACAGUGCUUACUGCAAAAAACCUGAAGGGAAUGAUUCUACUCACCAGAAAAAAAAUACAAUAAGCUGUAUUUGUUCUGGUGACUAUAGUGUCCCUUUAAGGGGUAAAACGGAUCCCACUGAACAUUGGGUGAAUAGCUGUCCUUAUGAGCCUCAUUCAGUGGAACACUGGGUAUAUAUGUGCCUCUGUAUACUGUGUUUGCAAUGCAGUUAUGGGAGCAAAUGACGACUGCAAAAAUAAUAAUGUAUGUAUGGCAUACCAAGGGCAGGUAACUUAGGUCAUGGUUUGUAGAUAAUGUUUAUGCCUUGUAGUUACAUUGGAGUAUAAUCAUGAUAUGUGUACUUUUCAUUUUCACUCCAGUUGGAGUGGGUGUGUGGUAAAUACAUCAUAGAAAUGUAUUCACCACAAUAUUUUUUAUAAGGGACCAUUAAACAUGAGUCAUUUAUUACUGUAACUCUAUUGCCUGAUGUCAUACCUACCUAUAACCUUUAGUGUGUAUAUGGCCAGUACUACAGCAGCUCUAAUGCAGCCAGCACAUAGUUGUGUUUGCACACUUUCUUCAUUGGAAUUUUCCCCAAUUUCUCCCCCUAUACUAUACCAGGUUAUGUCCUUGCUAACACUAAGGAGGAAGCUCUCAUUCACUUCCUGUCCUUACCAAUUAUGUGUCCUCAUCUCCCUUCUAAAACAUCACAUCCCAUGCUCAACUCCAUAAGUCAUUUCUUAUUUAUACUUUCUUGUCUCACUUCAGGAGACAGUCAAUGCGAGGUAGGAUAGCCCAUUCUCUCCUGCGUAGGGUCAGCUUGCCAAAAGGAAGUAUAGGCAACUGACUAUGUCAUCUAUCUUUAGGGGAGCCUGCCCAGAUAAUGAAGCAAGUAACAGAGAUGUAAAUCUGGCCCUGCUCCUGUCUGCUUCUAGGUUGUUUGAUUUCAUGUACCCAAAGAUCCGGGCAACCACUUUGUUCAAUGAUUUUGGCAGUAAAUUAAAUGAUCUGCUUUGCAGUGCCAGUGUCUUUGGUUGCCCUUGAACUAUACUAGUCUAGUCCUAUAUAAAAUAGGUCUGAGGAAGAUUUGGCAGUAUCAACUCCAUAAAGGGUUACUCCAAGCACCAUGACCACAUCAGUGAAUUGAAGUGGUUUUAGUGUUUGGAGUCUAUGCACAGAUUGCAUUCACUGAGCGGUCAGCUGACACUUUCCAGCGGCAUUGCUUUUGGCUUCUGUGAGUCAUCUCUAGCCCCUGGAGGAACCUUAUGCCCAUUGGGUACCCAGGUAAGAGUGCAAACUAUGCAAAAUGGUUUGCCCCAUUACCGGAAAAUGGAUCCAGUGUACUCCUGGCCUCAAAACUGCUACAGCGGGCUGAAGUUGUUAUGAUUCUUGGACUAACCCUUAAUACAUUUUGUUCACACAGUUACCCUUCGAUUGUCAGGUUCAAUGUGGCUGUCUCUUACAGUUUAGGUUUAUCAAAUAUGUCUGUUGUGUCAGACUAGAUGAAGUUUGCCAUCAAGUGUAUAGACUAAAAGCUAAACUUACCUGAAGAGUCUAAAGACAGCACGGUACCCUGGACUUAACAGGCAUGGAGAUUAAAGCAAACGAAGGGCCAAACUUCAUAAAGAAGAAAUGAACUUUUCACCUAUACAUUUGCUAGAAAAUUGGUUAUUUGUAUGUAUAUAUUGGAUUUUUAGAGCUUUAAAAAGGCAUCAAGUCAGGUUAGGCAGGACAAAUGCACUUUAACAAAUGGAAGCCUUGACAUCUUUAUUGCUCUUUACAUUGUCAGUAGUUAUAGACAAACUGUUAGCUAAACACAAAAAGAAUUCAGCGCUAGUAAUCACAAAAUUAGUCAAGGUAGGCAGCAACCCAAAUGAAGGAAAACCCCUCGGGUCCUUCGGUGGAUAGAUACAAAAAGAUAUGGAAGGGCUGCGCCAAAUAAGGGUAGAUAGUCCAGUAAAGUAUUGCUAGGGUGCCAAUAGAUGGUCUAGGAUACUUGAUAGAGUUCCUCUGUGGAUGCGUCUAGUGUAGACCGUUCCGUAUAUGUAAAUACAAGAGAGGUAGAAGCGACUAAUGGUAUAGUAUGAAAGUUCAGGGUGUGAUAGGUAACAAAAAGUAAAGAACUCACAUUCAAGAGAGCUAUGGCCAGCUCUGGUGUGGAUAGCGUACAGCGGUAUAAUCCCCGCUUAUGGGAUAUGUAGGGAGGGGGUCUCCGUCAACACCGUCUGGUGUGAGACUAUUUUGCUGUGCGAGACUAUUUUGCAUUCUAGGCAAGACCAGCUACUUGGACUCUACCCCUAAGCAAAAGUUGCCAACUUUGUGUGUCUCUUUCUUCCCCCAUCCCUUAGAUGUGACUUUUUUGUCCCAUUUAAGCUCCUCUUUGUCCUCCCUCCAGCACUCUGUGUGUCCCUUUGUUCCCCCCAGGUCCUCUUUGUGUCUCUUUGUCCCCCCAGUGUCUCUGUUUCAGAAGAUCCUCAACAGCUGUCUGUGGCUCAGCCACACUAUAUACAGUGACGGGCAGGAGGGGAGUGCUGUGCAGUGACCCUCCUACCAAUCACCUGUAGACGGCUCCUCCUGGGCCGGUGUUCCCUAGGCGGCUGCCUAGUUCACCUAGCAGUCGCACCCUCCCUGGCUCAGACUUGUGAAUGUGUUAAUUCAAAUGGAGUAUAUUAAAUCAGAAUUUUGACUUAAAGGAAAUUCUAAGCAUGAUAACCACUUCAACUUAUUGCAGUAGAUAUAUUGCAGUGUGUCUUUGGGUGCUGUGUUGAUUGUAAAACCAUUUUAAGUAUUUUGAUACCUCCAUUGGACAAAAUUAGUCCAACCUUCAACUUUCAGCAAUGGUUUCUGUCUAACCAGAUGAAACCCGUUUGAAAAGAAAUGAGGAAAGAUGCCCAAAGACUCCUUGCAUCAUAACCUAUCCAAUCCUAUAGUGGCCUAAAGUGUCUCUUGAAAUAGAUUAUUUAAUCACCCACUUUAUAUCUUCACAUAUGUUGUAGUGCCAUGGCCUUAUGGAUCAAGAAUAGCCAUGUGAUCAUUCCAACAGCAAGAAUUCAAUGUAAAUUCAAAGUGAAUCUCAAAUUGAAUUAAUUUAAUUCUAAUUUAAAUCAAACCCUAAUAUUUUAAGGUACUCUAUUUCCAAUAUUCAGGGUACAAUUUACGUAAUCCUAAUUUUUAUGAGCUCUCUGUAACACAUUGUGGUUCACACUAAGGUGCACAAUGAAGGUUCUUCUGGGCCACCAAUUAACUGAAUAAUACAGCUUUGAAAACACCAUCACAAUAAUUGGUUGAAUAACUUGUGUUUUGUCAUGUUUCUUACUCUCACCAGCUGGUAUUGCAGAAAAUCAUCAUGUAAUAUCAAACUGUAUUUUUAAACUUUUUGACAAUCUGUAAAUGUUUCAUGUUUCAAGCAUGAUUACCCCUUGAUUUAACCCGGUUAAUUUAGGCCAACACGGUCUAUGUAUUGCAAUAUUAGCAGUAGCAAUAUUAGAAAUAUUAUUUGGUUUUGAAUUUUACUUUGGUUUGAUAUCAGUGUGCAUUGUUGUUUGUAGUAACUUUGUUGAAACGGAAGCAGAUACAUUAAAAUACAGCUGCGAAAGGUUUUGAAUUACACCACUGAUCCCUGUAGAUUUUUGGUUUAGGAGGGGCAGACACACGCCAUCAAUAUCUUUUUUAUUUACCGCUCUCAGAAGACAAAGGAAGUCAUAAACAGACUGAAUUGCUGCUAUAUUUAGCGCUCAUUUAUGAAGUUUGUUAAAUAUUAGCUUUUUCUUGUGGUUUACACCUUUUUGUCAUAGCAUUAUGUAUACCAAUUCAAUUAUAGCUCUACUCCACAAGUAAUAAGUUAAAAAACAUAUGUGUAGGUUGAAGUUCAAGGUAUAAUAAAUCAAUUAUAAAAAUUUUAUUUUUACUUUGUAUGUGCGAAAGCUGAAAGCCCUUUGAUUAUUAUUGAUAUUUAAACGCUGUUUUCGGUGUUUAGAAUAUAUAAUGAGUUUGACAGAUAAUUUUUGGGGAAAUUGUAACUUUGAAUACAAUGUAUUCACUAACUAAAUCAGCCAGGGACAAGCUAACACAUACUGCAGAUUAAAAUUGACCUGUUUUUCCAGCUUUAUACAUUAAUUAAAUAGAAAAUAAAAUAAUAAAAUAAGUAUGAUGCAUCAUUUUAGCUAUGUAUUGCAAUAAGUAGGAAGGAGAGGCUAGGGUAGGAUUAAGUUUACAGCUGGUAGAAAAUCAUUGUGUGGGUGGAAAAAUGCCAUUAUGCGUAUGAUAUAUGAAAGACCUAUAUUUAUAACUAAAAUAAAAGUUGUGAAUAUAUAAAUGAACCCCUUCCCUCCCAGUAAAGUGCAUGCAUAAAUGUAUGCAAAAUUAUGCAAAACUAAAUUACACCUAUAAAGUCCCAUUUAGCAUCCUCUUCAUUCGGCUGCAAAUUUUCACCCUAUUGAGAAAUCCAUUUAUGUACCAGGCCUCAUUCCUGACCAUCUGCAUUGAUGCAGACGAUAUGUGAAUUGUGACCAGCUCCUCACACGCUAUACAGUAACAUUGAUGAAAAAAAACUAUAAUUUACGUAAUAAUAAAAGUCCUUUUAUGUGUACCUGAACAGCAAUCUAAAUACAAAUUUGUGGACUCUGCCUACAUUUACGCAUUUGUCACAUUUGUAUUAUGUCUUUUUGAUACCUGAUCCAGCUUUAUUUAUUUUUUUUGUUCUGCUCUCUGUGAUUCUUGACUCGACUUGUCCUCUCACUCAUCUGAUGUCUGACCUCCUAGAGCUUAUUCCUGGACAUUCUACCUGCUUGAUAGUUUUACAAUUACACCUGUCUGUAUGUAACUCAUUCAUUCUGGCCAUAUAGCAUCCUACUUUCCUUAUAUUUAAUAUUGGAUUAUCCUUGGACUCACGUUUGUAUUGAAUUCCUCAUGUCAACAUAACACUUAUGGUUGACAUAAAUGUUCUUUAUUUUUGGUAUGAGGAGGUUUAGCCCAACCUGGCUGUUCUUGUUUCAUAUUAUAGACUUGGUAUAUUUAUAGUCAUAUUAUAGACCUAUAUAUGUAUGUAUAUAUGUACUAGCACCUGAAAAACGUGAAACAAAAGUGAAUCUUUAACUUCCAUGUAUUUACGUAAGAGCACAAUUUAUUGCACCUGGUACUGUAAGAUAAGUCUACAAUCCUUAUCUCCCUAGGCCUCUAGGAUAAAAGUUUAUCUAAAAACUCUUUGUUGUAGCUGAAAACUUAAAGUAGGUGCUUUAAUGUUCUUAUCUGCUAAAAAUGUCAAGCAAGCCUCUAUCUGUGCAUCUCAAUCCAGUUGCUGACAACCUAUAGACCCAGUUGAACAUACUACAUAAGAAAUGUAAUUUUUACUCUAGCAGAGUUGAUAAGGUGACAGUGACUGUAUCCCUUGCAAUACUUUUUGUUCCUUUCCCAUACUACCUACCCCUCCAAUUAUGAAGUUAGAUGGAGCUAUCUGUAUACAGUUAAUAUGGGAAGAUGCCUUCAAAAUAAUUUGCCAUCAAUUAAAAUAAUAUUUCCAUGUCAAUUUUCAAAAGAUAUGCCAAAUACUUUUUAAGAAGAAAUAAAUAAGGAUUAUAUCAGUAAGUGUAAACUGGAUGUGCACUUAAAGACUAGCGUAAAUGAAAUAAACAAAACAGCACAGUUAAUCUGCAGUAGUGAUAAAAUGUUGUACUGUGUCGAUAAUCUAGUUACUGAUUUUACGCAUGUGUUUUGAAGGCUACUAUGGUGUCCUGGAACACGAAACCAGGCCUGUAAUCUGAUGUUUAUCAUUCAUACUUCUGUGUUUGGUAUCUCUAAUCAGCUCUCUUACUCUUUUGCAGGUUGAAUUUAAGAAGCACUUUAUGGGGUAUAAAGAGUCUUUUUUUGUUCAACGUGUCUAAUACUACAUUCAAAAUGUUGCAAAAUCUACGAUGGCAGACAGUGGACUAUGGCCAGAUUAUGGAGGUUAUGCGGUUGAUAUCACCCUCUUCCUGCACGGGAGGAUGUCUAUGAACAUGAAACAUAGUUGGCAUCUCACACACAGGAAAGAUGUGAGGACAUAACACGCUGUUAACUAUUUAAUUACUUUGUUUUCCGCUAUUUGCCAAACACGACUGCGCACAAGCCAAUACUUUCAGUAUGAGUUUAAUCUUGCAGAGUUGAAAGCCAUGUUCUUCAAAUACACUACAUGCCUUGUCGACUCUCUCUUUUUUUUUAUUCAAUGGAGGUUUCAAUAUUUUGUAAAGCAUCAAACGAGAGAGAAGUAGAAGAUGAUUCUUUUUCUUUCAACACAAUGGUGGACACCAAUAUGCAUUUUUCCGUUGAGCUCAAUACCCUGUGUUAAGCCUUAUGAAAUAUUUAUUUUUUCACUGCCAAGCAAUCCAGAAGGCUAUACGGAAUCAAAUACAACACAUUUUGGGCAGAAGAUGCAAUUCAAACAGAGGGAUGUAAUCAUUUGGUUUGGUCAGGUUGAUAAUUCCCAUUUUUUUUUCUGCGUACGGCAAAAUUUGGCCUCUUCGUUCUGUCAAGAUUACGGCAGCCAAACACGCGGAACAGACUGUAACCUCUUCGUGGUGAAAUGACACGUGCAAAAAUCCAUUAAACUUAUUAAAUUUGAUAUUUAAAAUGACUCUCUAAGCCUCUUAACCAGUGCCACUACAACUUAUUGUAGUGGCUAAACCACAAGUAUCUUUGAAUACAGUUUGGCAAAAUUAUUUGCUUUGUCAGCACCCAAAGUCCAGAUCCUCUUCUGCUGCUGCUGAGAUGAGUGGAUGAUUCACAUGUGUAUUCUCCUUACAUGUUUGGAUGGCGAUAAUAGGCUGGGGUCACUGGACUAAGUCGACCCAGUACUCAGAGCCUGCCAUUGCCAUCCACAUUUGUACAGGUUGUUAUAGCAGAAUAGCAGGGCAAUUAGGUGCUGCAAGUGAGACGAUCUUUGUCAAACUGCUUGAAAAUCUAUCAUUAAAAAUAAAUAAAUAAAGGUUCUGUGCCCAAUGAGAUAUCGCACCAUAACCACUACAACAAGCUCUAGUGCUUGAGGUGCUUAGAGUGUCUGUUUAAGAAGACUGCAUCUUUUUUUUGUUUUUGUUUUUUUAAAUGGCGAAUGAGAAAAUGAAACAUUACUGUUAAAUGAAGCAGCCUCUGAUAUAAUAUGCAGACUCUAUACAGGACCAAUCUGAGUGUAUUGUACAGGUCAAUUUAUUUGGUUUAAAUGUUCAUGGCUCUUUUUGGACAAAUUAUGUUUAAAUAAUUUGCAAAGCAUAUUCUUAUGUAACCAUUUAUGUUGGAGGGGUAUUAAGAUAUUUAUCUAACAAGCAAUGGUAUGAUACAUGGUAACUUUUUUUAAGGGUGCCGUAAUGUCUCCUAUUUUGUAGACUUUAUUUUAUUCUUUCUUUGUUUUUUUUUGUGCAUCAACAAAAAUCUCCCCUUUAUCUACUGCUGAACAUUUGUAUAUUUUGAUAAAUCUGAACAUUUGCAUGAAAUAUCAAAUCUUCAUAUUUUUCGUUUUAUUUUUGUUUUAUUACAUGAGUUAUCAUGCUCCACUUGAUAUGAGUGCUUUUAAGUAGAUGGAUGAUUAAUUACACACGUAUAUAAGGGUGCAUUUUCACUCAGCAACGUAGAAUGGACCCCCUAUGAUAAUUAGAUUUGCAAAAACCUAGUGAAAAAUAAAACAUACGAUUUGUAAAUACGACUUUACGAUUUACUUUUUUUUCUCUUCAUGUACC